CACCCUCCCUCUCUAUCUCUGUUUGUGUCUCUGCUGUUCUGCUGCACGGGUUUGAGGACCACUGCAAGUUUGCUGUGGUCUGACGGCAGUAGGAUGGUAAUCAAGGAUGUAUUAUGUUCUUGCUGUAAGAAUGUGAGGCUGUAAUGUGAGAUCUAUCUUAAUAACACACAGGAGGUUUUACACAGAUCUUUCCUGCAUUGCUCCUCAAUCUGACUGCCCACGUGAGGACACAAAGUAGGCGCAGUGCUCCACUGGACAUGGAGAUGGUCGACGUUUGGUGGAACAUGAGGCUGGAUGUCUUGUUGGGUCAUUGACUAUUGAAGCUGCAGGGCGUUAGAUGCAUACUCAACCCACCUGAAUAUCCACUGCCAUCCAGUACUGUGAGUUUGAUCUCCAGGAUGACUGUGGUGGUUGCUGGAGAUAACAUGGAUGAGACAUCCUCCACUCUGCAGGGGCAUCCACAGGACUCACAGUAUUCCCCCGAGUGCUGCGAGCGAGUUGUUAUCAACAUCUCAGGGCUGCGCUUCGAGACACAACUCAAGACGCUCGCCCAGUUCCCCGACACACUACUGGGCAACCCCAAGAAAAGGAUGCGCUACUUUGACCCUUUAAGGAACGAGUACUUCUUUGACAGAAACCGUCCGAGCUUUGAUGCGAUCCUCUACUACUACCAGUCAGGUGGAAGGUUAAGAAGACCCGUCAAUGUACCUUUGGAUAUGUUCUCAGAGGAAAUUAAGUUCUAUGAGCUUGGAGAAGAAGCGAUGGAAAAAUUUAGAGAGGAUGAGGGCUUUAUUCGUGAGGAAGAGCGUCCCCUGCCGGAGAACGAGUUUCAGAGACAGAUUUGGCUGCUAUUUGAGCAUCCCGAGAGCUCAGGCCCUGCCAGAGGGAUCGCAAUAGUGUCCGUCAUGGUUAUUCUCAUUUCCAUCGUGAUAUUUUGCUUGGAGACUUUACCAGAGUUGAAGGAGGAUCCACACGGACGGCUCCAGGUGAUAGGCAACAGCACGUUCUACUUCAAACCAAAUAUUCUUACCGAUCCGUUUUUUGUCGUGGAGACACUCUGCAUCAUCUGGUUUACUUUUGAGUUGAUUGUCCGUUUCUUCGCUUGCCCAAGUAAACCUGCCUUCUUCAAAAACAUGAUGAACACGAUCGAUGUGGUGUCCAUCAUUCCAUAUUUCAUAACACUCGGAACAGAGAUGGCGGAGGACCCCGAGGGCGGAAAGGAGGCAAAGGGUGGAGGAGAGCAGGCCACAUCUCUGGCCAUUCUCAGGGUUAUCCGCUUGGUCAGGGUGUUUCGGAUAUUUAAGUUGUCCAGACACUCCAAGGGGCUUCAGAUCUUGGGCCAGACUUUGAAAGCCAGCAUGCGCGAGCUGGGUCUUCUCAUCUUUUUUCUUUUCAUCGGCGUCAUCUUGUUUUCCAGUGCAGUGUUUUUCGCUGAGGCUGAGGAAAAGGAUUCCUUCUUCACAAGUAUCCCAGAUGCCUUUUGGUGGGCAGUGGUUUCGAUGACAACCGUGGGGUAUGGAGACAUGUACCCUGUUACUAUUGGGGGCAAGAUAGUAGGCUCUCUAUGUGCCAUUGCCGGAGUGCUAACGAUUGCGCUUCCAGUGCCUGUGAUUGUGUCCAACUUUAACUAUUUCUAUCACAGAGAAACCGAAGGUGAUGAACAGGCACAGCUCCUCACGGUGAGCAAUCCGAACAUCGCGUCCGAUUCUAACUCCAGUCGUCGCAGCUCGUCUGUCGUCAGCAAGUCAGAAUACAUGGAGAUUGACGACGACCUCAAUAACAGCAUUGAUAAUUUUCGCGAGGCGAACCUGCGAACUGGGAACUGCACAGUUGUGAAUCAGAAUUGUGUAAAUAAGGGGAAGCGUCUCACAGAUGUAUAGAUUUCCAAUGUCGUUCUAGGCCAUUAAAGGACGCCCCCGGCUGUAUAUAGUGUACUCUAUUCAUAUAUCAUAGUGCUUUAACAAGGCCUCUGAUAAUGUGUUAUUUCAUUGCGUAUGUUUUAUCUCAAGUCCACGAGAGUUGCUUUGAUUCUGUCUGAAGAACGGUAGUCUAAAAUCUGCCUAUGGAUACCAAAUAUUAAAUAAUUAAAAGACAGAAUAACUAUUAUAUGUACUUGGGUUAGAGUACUUGCAUAUAUAAAUGACUUUACAUUUUGCAAUGUACCAUAUCCCAAAAAAAUGAUCAGUUAUUCAGUGACUUUGCAAAAAUAAGUAACUAAUACUUUCUUGUCCCAUAUGUUGACCAUUUAUUUAUUUGCUCAUUGUAGGUUAUUGUAAACCAUGUACAAACUGAAUGUUGAUUAAUUAUGCAGAUCAUGGCAUGUUUUAUGAAACGUUGAGGUCUGUUUGAUAUGGUACUAUGUAUCCUGCUUUAAUUAAUACAUGACAUCAAUACGAACUUUAUCACGUAUAGCCAAGCCGACAGCAUAACUCUAAUGAAUUACAACCACUGCCCACUAAAAGCACAACUUUCUUUAACAUCUCUAAAAACAAAGUAUUUAAAGUCAGUUCCAGGCAGUAUUACAUUUUAAAAGUAUGACUUUAUUAGUUAAAGUUUUUUAAAUGUACAUAUUCGGUUCUGCGCUUAAUUAAUCAUAAGAUCUCUUUAUCUAUAUUAAAUAAUUGUAAUUAUUAUAUAUUAUACUUAAUACAUUAUAAUUGUAUAUUUAAUAAUUAUUAUUUAAAUGAAUAAUUUAAUAGUGCCUUCAGUCCUCUAACUGGCAUAGAGUGUCUCAACAUGCAAUAGUUACUGUAAAACAUUUGCAUACUGUAUCUUAUCACACAUGAUGUGUCGAGGGAUAUUCCAGGACCACUGGGGUUGAAUUUCAGGAAACGGUCCCUCAACAUCCUUGUACAUACAAUAGAAGGUCAUCUCGCUGGAUCAGGCAUUGCUUUACAAAGAAAUGUGAGACAUGAAGUGUUUUUUUAUUUAUUUUUUUUUACGUCUAUGUAUUCUUUUGUAAUGGCUUUGUUUUGUUCAUUGGUUUCUUUGGAUCUACCUCAGUGAGGUCAUGCAUAGUAUGCUUGUGAAUGCAAACUUCAUAUCCUCUUAAAUUAUCCAGUGAAAUUAUGGGGAGUGUGGGAGGGGGGUUGGUGGGGGAAAGAGUAUGCAAUGGGGGUGAAACAAUUUAUUUCAAAAUAAGAGUCCAUAAAAUAAUAAUUACAAAGUUCAAAAAGUGAUGCUAAGCACAAGCGCUAAUAGUGCUAUAUUAUACGCACAGGUCUGCAUCAGGGACUGUAACUAGUAGAAACUGCCAUUACUUAAAAUAUCCAUAACAAUGUGAGUCGAGAUCUAAAAUUAACACCUUUAAUCUGAGUGUAAAUGUUGUCUAUCAAAACCUAAUGCACUUUAAUUUAAAUGAGAAUUUUAUGUAACGAGAAUGACUAAAAGAGCGAAAGGUGAAAUAAAGAAUCUAAAAACA